AUGGCUACAGGUCAGCAGCCUAAGUCUCCCCAAAGUCGUCGGGUUGGGGAGCAUUGGAGUGGUGCCAAUCCCAUUCCCACCAUUAGUAACUUUAUGCAACAUGUCGAUGCCGAGAAGAAGGAACGCGAUCGCAGAAUAGACGAAGAAAAUAAGGCCAAGAAAGAAACGGCUGCACGUGUAAAGGCGCAAAAGGCAUCUGGAGAGCAGGCAGAUCAAGGGGAUAAAAAAGAUGGAGAUGUUGUCGCUCAUAAGCCACGCGAAGUCUCCCAGGCCAAGAUGCGUACUGUGACAGAUCCGACCACGGGCAAGGAUAUCGGUGUUGAAGAUCAAGACGAGACAUCUAUGGAAACUGUUAAGAAUCCAAUGUUGACGGUUCCGAAUGCAAAUCUUGGGAAACCCACGACUGUCCAAACAAGUCCCGAUCAAGAUCUUGCAGAGUACAAAGAAAAACAAGAUAUCACUGCGCCCCCCGAUCCCAUUGCCGAAGGUACAACCUCCGAUGUUCCCAUUCGAGGAGAGAAGACGAAUGUGCUGUUCCACCCCACUCCAACUGUUUCGUAUCAGCCCAUGUUUGAUUCACUACAAAAGCGCGCAACGAGCCUUUGCAUUGGGAUACCUAUUGCCAUAAUUAUACUAGGGCGGAUGUGCGGAGGAUCUCUUUGGGGCCUUGUUCCCUUAGCCGCAUGCAUCACGAGUGGAGUAUGGCUAUGGAUGCAGGAGGUCAUUCGCAGUGGCCGAGCAAUGGAGUGGAGCAGUGAGAAGCUUCGUGGCCAGAUGGCCACUGCCAAUCUCCUUCCCGAAUCCGUCGAGUGGAUGAACAGUCUCCUCGGCGUUGUGUGGGGACUCGUUAACCCAGAGAUGUUGACACCUGUGGCCGACACGAUCGAAGAUAUCAUGCAAGUCUCUGCACCCAAGGUUGUGGAGAAUGUUCGCAUCGCAGAAAUCGACCAGGGGAGCAACCCACUCCGCAUUCUGAGCAUGCGGGCUCUCCCCGACGAUCAUGUGCAGAAUUUGAAGGACAACAUCCACGAGGAAAACAGAAAGAACAAGGACCCACAGGAAGCUGCUGCUGCCGAAGAAGGAGGGAGUUAUUACAACAUGGAAGCCUCCUUUGCCUAUCACGCAAGCCCAACUGGCCAGAGUGCCUCGUCAAAAGCACGCAAUAUGCACAUGCAGCUAGUCUUCUACCUGGGUAUUCGAGGCUUGUUUGGUGUGCCAUUUCCCGUGUUUGUGGAGCUGAUUGAACUUGUCGGGACUGUCCGCAUGCGAUUCCAAAUGAUGCCCGAAGCACCGUUCAUGAAGGAUGUGACUUUCACUUUAGUCGGCAUUCCCCACGUCAGGGCUGGCUGCAUGCCAAUGUUCCGGACGGGAGUGAAUGUUCUGAAUUUACCCUUGAUCUCCAACUUCGUCAACUCCGCCAUUAGCACAGCGUGUGGCAUGUUUGCAGCUCCCAAGUCAAUGACCAUGGAUCUUGGCAUGAUGUUGACAGGAGAUGACAUCCACAAAGAUACUUUGGCUCUGGGUGUGAUGUGGAUUCGCAUUCACCGCGCUGUCGGCUUGAGUAAACAAGAUGCUCGCGGCAGCGAAGGUGGUGGUAGUGAUCCAUACAUCAACCUGUCCUUCUCGAAGUAUGGCAAGCCCAUGUAUUGUACGCGUGUGAUUACGGAUGACCUCAACCCAAUUUGGGAAGAGACUGCCGCCCUUCUCGUGACACCGGAAUUAAUCAAAGCCGAUGAAAACUUGAGCAUCGAGCUCUGGGACUCUGACCGCAACACCGCAGAUGAUAUUGUCGGAAAGGUCGAGCUACCUAUCCGCGAGAUGCUUCAGCAUCCCAGUCAGAUGUAUCCCCAGGUGUCGAAGCUUCAGGGUAUGGACGAGGGCAGUGAAAUGCCCGGUCAGCUUCAUUGGGAAGUUGGAUACUUCGGGAAACCAAAACUCCGCCCUGAGCUGCGUAGUGACGGCAAGAAGAAAGACCUUCCUAAAAACUUGAGAGGUGAUCCGACCUUUGAAGACGAAAAGGGAGCCAUCAACAACGAAGAAGAGGAUGCCGUCAUGCACACACCACCUGACCCAAUCUGGCCUAGCGGUAUUGUGCACAUUGUUGUGCACCAGAUCGUCAACCUUCAGCUUGCCAAUAUCAAGGGCAGCGAGGGGAACCGCAAGGGCAAGGAGUAUGAGCCGGCGAAGCCAUAUGGUGAGAACACAGAGGAGGAAGGCGAGGAUCUUCCAACGAGUUACUGCAAGGUUUUGUUGAACGAUCAACUGAUUUAUCGCACUCGUGCGAAGGCUGUAAGCUCCAAGCCUAUCUUCAACGCAGGAACUGAACGAUUUGUUCGCGACUGGCGCUCAGCCGUCGUGACCAUCACAGUCCGAGACCAACGCUAUCGCGAGCAUGAUCCCAUUCUUGGCGUGGUCCCCCUCAAGCUGUCUGAUAUCAUGCAAACUAGCUCACAAGUGACCCGCUGGUAUCCCCUCGACGGCGGUAUUGGGUUUGGACGCAUCCGCAUCUCUCUUCUAUUCCGCCAUGUGGAAACCAAGUUACCACCUACAAUGCUUGGCUGGGAUGUUGGCACCUUUGAAUUUGUUGGACAAAACAUCACCGCGAAGGAGUAUGGUCGAAACAGUAAGAUCAAGCUGCGCACCGGUGGCAGUAUUGGCAAGGUCACCCGACACAAGUGCCACAUGCAAGGCAGUGAUGCAGUAUUCGAUACCUCCGACGAGACUUUCCGCGACUCAUUGCGCAUGCCCGUGAAGCACCGAUACCGCUCCCCGAUUGUGUUCGAGUUCCAUAACCAGGGCAAGCGAAGCGCAGCAGCAUACGCUGUUCUCUGGCUCCAACAUCUUAUCGAUAACGAGGAAACAGAAAUUGACCUUCCCAUCUGGACGACAAAGAUGGGUGCUCGGUUGACACAAAAUUACGUCACGGAGCAGAACUGGAAGGCCAAGGAAACACCCGGACUUGAAGACUUGACGGAGGUGGGACGUUUGCAAUUCCGAUGCAAGUUCUCGCCGGGCAUUGACGAAUCGCACGAGCGUUUCGUUGUUGACAACGACUCCCGUGAGACCUUCGAGACCUGGGAAGCGUGUCUGUCACAGGGUGUGCGUUCCCGCACCGUUGAUAUCGAAGUUCCUGCAGAAGUACAGGAAAAGCACGAGCAGUCUUUGAUCGACGGACGAGAUAUCUUGAAACAAGCCUCGCCCGCUGAGCGUCAGCGGUGGGUUGAUCACAACGGCCAAGACUGGAGUGGCGCGUUUGGUCAAGACCCGCGUGCCUACACUGAUUCCAUCGGACGCAAGGUCGCUGAACCUGGUCGGGACCAACCUCGUCAUGACCCGUACACCCCUCCCCCGCUCAAUGAUCACGCUUCUCGUCGACACAGUUUCCAAAAUGGACAGUAUCAUGACGAGGAUACCUCAGAAUCAGAUGACGAGCUUGAGCCCUUGACCAACGGGCCCUCGACAAUUAGUGGCAGUGCUGGAGCUGGGUCGUCUUUGUCUCAGAGCAAUAUGAGUACCAGCCAGGUAAACAGGGCGAAUAAACACAGUGAGCAACGACAGCAACGUGGUAUCAUGCAGUGGCGGCCUGCGCGGAAUGCUACUUUCGCCAAGAAUGAGGCCAAGUUUGCGCUCCAAAAGAUGAAGAAGAAGAUCGGAGUUGGCGGUCUCACUGGUCGCGAGCCAGAUGUCGAAACAGAGACUUGA